AACAAAAUUGAAGGAUAUUAACAUUUGGAUACAAAAAACAUGUCAAAGAGCGACUCGGAGAUUGAUCUGGAGAGGGGUACUACUUCUCCAGGCAGAAGCAAUAGCAGCACAACCGACAAUCUAAAGACGACAAGAUCAUUGCCUAGCAUGGGUGCGACAAGUUCAGUCUCAAGUGGUGAAUACAUGAACAUUGAACUUCAGAAAGCUGCUACAAAGGACAACGUGGAUAAAUUCAAAAAGCUCCUUGACGAACUUUCAAAGAAGCGGGAUCAAACUAUGCCAUCAAUUUUUGAGACUGUGAGUCCAUUUCACAACACAUUGCUUCAUAUAGCUUCAUUCCAUGGUAGUAAAAACAUUGUAGAACUAAUAGCUCUACGGUCUCCACCGACGCUUAAGAAGACAAACUUAAGAGGUGAAACGGCUCUUCAUACUGCUGCAAAAGCAGGAAAGUCAGACAUUGUGUUAAGUCUACGUGAACUACAAAAGAAGUCUGCAUGUUCCGAUGAUGAUGAAGAUCAGAAUUUGUUUAAAAUGAGUAAUGUGGAUGGGAACACAGCUUUGCACGAGGCGUUGAUAAAUGGACACCACGAUAAGUGGGUUAUAGAUUUGAUUAAUGCAGAUCCGGAUGUUUCAUUUUGUGUGAACAAGGAAGGUAAGUCUCCUCUGUAUCUAGCUGCAGAAGCUGGGUACAUUGAUUGUGUGAAAGCUAUGAUGGAGUCAGAAGCAUAUAAGAGAUAUACUUGGCCCUGUCAGAAUAGUACUGCCAAAGAUUAUCAAAUCUCACCAUCGACCGUUGAGGUUGUAGAUGAUCAGAAGGACAUGAAGCACAAGGAUGAGGUUGGAGAUGAAAAGAACAACAUGAAGAAGGAUGAUGAGGUUGGAGAUUAUCAGAAGAACGAUGAAGCAACCAAACAGGAUAGUGUGCUGCAAGUGAAGUCACCCAUACAUGCUGCUGUAGCUUAUGCUGCUAACAAUGAGAAUUCAGAUCUCCUGAAUUAUAUGUUGGAUAAGGAGUCAAAGUUCAUCGAUUUAAGAGAUGAAUAUGGGAGAAGUGCACUUCACAUUGCAGCAGCUCGAGGUUAUGUUGAAGGUGUCAGGUGCUUCUUCGAAGGGAGAGAUCCUCGAGUUGCUUUUCAAAGGGACAAUGAUGGAUUCUUUCCAGUUCAUUAUGCCGCUGAGGGAGAUCAUGUUGACGUGAUUAAAGAGCUCCAACCCCGUUGCCUACAUCUUGCAGAGAUGCUUAGCCAUAAUUACCAGAACAUUCUACAUUCUGCAACAAAGAAUGGUUGCACCGAUUUAGUUUCAUAUGUUCUUAAAACUGAAGAGUUGGAGAAGCUAAUAAACCAGAAAGACCAGGAUGGAAAUACACCCCUGCACUUGGCCGCCAUGGAUUGUGAUCCAGUAUGCGUCAUUCUCUUAACAAGGGACAGCAGAGUGGAUAAGAAAUUGCUCAACAAUACGUACGAGACAGCACUCGAUGCUUGCAGAAAUCUCAAGGAGCGAUUUUUCUUUCAGCUCUUGACAGUAAUGGUACUACAGAAGUCUGGAGUUAAACCAUCUUCAACUGGGAAGCCAGUUGACAAAAAAGCAAACAGUUCUAACAAAGAUAAAGACAAAUUUAGGGACAUAUCAAAUGCACUCUUAGUGGUUGCGACACUAGUUGCCACCGUGACAUUUGCAGCAGGUUUCACAGUACCUGGAGGUUACAAUGACUCAGGCGAUGAACAGGGCACUGCUACUAUGUUGAGGCAAGCCACUUUCCAUGCAUUCGUCAUUUGCGACACAGUAGCCAUGUAUAGCUCCAUCAUUGCUGCAGUGAUGUUCACUUGGGCACAAUUAGGUGGGAAAAAUUUGGUGUCUUUUGCUUAUCAAAUAGCAUUGCCAUCGCUGGCUCUUGCGUUAAAUAUGAUGUCAUUUGCCUAUAUUUUUGGUAUAUAUGUGGUGGUAAGUAAACUAAAUUGGCUUGCCAAACUUAUUUUGGGUAUGGGUUUGUGCUUUCAGUCUACUAUCGCGCUUUUAUUCCUUCUAUUGUGCUUCUCGUUCAUUGCAGACUGGAGUCUCAUUGUACUCCUUAAGAUUUGUAAUUGGGUUGCCUCGAUAAUAUAUGCAUUCACCGACUCUGGUUGAUGAUGUUGACGUUUGUAGAACUUUGGUUGUCAAUGUCUUAUGUUUCAAACUCAGAUUGUGUAGUUGUAAGAUAGAUGA